CCGAGGAGGCCGACUCCUGCCUGAUCUCCAGGUUUGUCGGCGAGGAGAAGCUGGUCCUGCUGAACACCUCUGACCUCUGGUCCCACAACUCCACGGCACCUGAAGACCCGAAACGACGACUCUCGGUCGUCAGCACGCACAACAUCUCUUCUUAUGAGAUCCACGACCUGACCCACUCAGACUCCGGCCCGUACCGAGAGGAGUGUUGGACCGACGGCAGAGUCACACACGACAAGACCACCACCGUCAUCGUCUGCAGUCGCGUGUAUGGAGAUGGAUAUACUUAUGUCAUGACACCUGGAGGAACAAAGGAUCUGCGAUGUUUCGGAGCGACUGACCAUCAGGACGUCCUGUGGCUCAAACGUGACUUCAGACACAAACAGGAAAUAUGGAGCAGAGUUUUUGGGGACAAUGAGACAUCAGUGAUGGACGAGGAUGGAGGAAGAUACCAAGUGGUGAAAAAGACAUCAAAUCUUCAUGUUUUUAACUUCACAACAACAGCCUUAAAAGUGUUCAUGUGUCUGCUGAUGAAACAACAGCAGUGUGAUCACAGCUUGACUGUAAAUGUACAUCUGAGUUCUGAAAUAAUCUACGGCUCAGAGGGACAGACGGCUGUGCUGCUGUGCAAUCUCACUGAUUUCAGUGAUGAUCAGCCGCCACGAUGGACGAGCAGCAGCAUCAACCAGCUAAACCAGACUGACGAAAACUCCUCUCUGGUGUUUUCAUCACUAACUUUAAAUGACACAGCUCCAGGCCCAUCCAUGGUGAAGGUCAGAGUGCAGCACCCCCCCGAGGCCAGUGUGAAGAUCCACCAGGUGCUGAAGGUGUCUGGAUUCAGUCCCACCCUGCGGACUCUCUCCUCCUCCUCCUCGGGGUCGGCGGGGGCCCCGGCUCCAGCAGGUGAGGGGGUCCAGGCCCAGACGUUGAGAGGGGACGGCACCUUCAACCAGCACUCAGGGUUCAAGUACUGCUUCAGAGAGGUCAAAGAUGGACAG